CAGGACAGGCGGCCUCUGCCGGGGGGUGACCCGGGUACCGGACGCUGCGGUGGUGCCCAGGAAGCCGCUGGUCUGUGGGCGAUGAGCGCCCCCUGGAGGGUGCGGACCGAACCUCGCGGGAGCCACGAGAUCCGGGGGGGACCCUACUCGGUGCACGUGAUCCAAGAGGGCUACGCUUACACGGACCCCGAGGGCCGGGUCCGGGCGGACGGCACCGUGACGCUGGUCAAGGGGCCGCGGGUGAUCGUGGUGGACACGGGCAGCCCCGGCGACGGCCCCCUGAUCGUGGAGGGCCUGCGGCAGCGGGGGGUGGCCCCGGGGGACGUCACCCACGUGGUGUGCACCCACGGCCACUCCGACCACGUGGGCAACCUGGGCCUCUUCCCUCAGGCCACCUUCGUGGUCUCGCACGACGUGUGUCGGGGCCACGUGUACUCGAGCCACGGCCUGAGCGAGGGGCAGGGGCUGCCCAUCGACGGCUGGGCGGAGGUGCUGCCCACGCCCGGCCACUGCGCCCGCGACGUCAGCCUCCUGGUGAGGGGCACCGCGGAGGGGCAGGUGGUGGUGGCCGGGGAUCUGUUUGAGCGGGAGGCGGACGAGGGCAGCUGGCAGGCGGUCAGCGAGAAUCCCGCCCUCCAGGCCCAGCACCGCCGGCGGGUCCUGGAGCUCGCCGACGUCGUCGUGCCCGGGCACGGCCCACCUUUCAGGGUGAUAAAGGGGCCGUGAGCGGAGCAGAGCCGCCCGGACCGCCCCCUCUGUACGUGGAGUCUUGUAGUGCAGUGGUGAGAGCCCUCACCUCGCAAGCCAGAGGG